AUGAGUACGGGGAAGCCUUCUUCGUUACCAGAUAUUCAACCCUCCGAUCGUGCCUGCAAGCGCAAAAGGACAGCUAGGAUGGAUGCAGAUUUUGAUUUCACUGGACCCGCUAAAAAGACAUUGCGCACUCGAGGAACAAAUCGACAAAAAUCCUUUAAUGGCUCUGCAAACUCAAAAUUAAAGUCAAGGCGCCAAUUGUUCAAAUCCAACCCUAUAAAGAUCUCUCCGGCGAAGCCAUGCAUUCGUUUAGAAACCCGCUACUUUCACAGAGGAAUUUGGUAUCAAAUCGGUGACAUUGUUUCUUUGACCGAUACUGAUGGUGAUGAAUACUACGCUCAAAUUCGAACAUUCAUCAUUGACAGUCAUGAAGACGCUCAUGUUGUGUUGACGUGGCUUGUUCCUACUGUGGAGGCAAAGGGAAAAAAAUUCGAGGCAUCAAACUACGUGAUAGGCAUGGAGGAAGAUAUUCCACGCAGGAUAGAAUGCGUUGCUUUCUAUGCUCGGUGUCCCUCGGACUACUUUAGGCCUGUAGAUUCCCCUUACACAGUAGGGUCGUGGAUUCCUCCUGAAAGUCUCUAG